GGCCUGCCGGCCGGCAUCACGUGGUGUGGGAGGAGAAGCUUCCGCUUCCGGGUGGGUCUCGCGCGGUCGCCAUGGCGAGCAAUGCCGCCAGCCUCAACGCCGUGAGGGAGACCAUGGACGUUCUGUUUGAGAUUUCAAGAAUAUUAAACACUGGUUUGGAUAUGGAGACUUUGUCUAUUUGUGUGCGGCUUUGUGAGCAGGGCAUCAAUCCAGAAGCAUUAUCUUCUGUUAUUAAAGAACUGCGUAAAGCUACAGAAGCUCUAAAGGCUGCUGAAAAUAUGACAGGCUGACGUGGAAGAAGCCUUCUGCAUGAGAAGAAUUCAAAGUUCUAGGGUUAAUAGAUAAGAAAAUUGAUUGCUGUUCAGACAUAGAGUGAAAUUAUGACUGAAGGUUUCAGAAUAUUUCUGUAAUCUUCUUGAAAAGGAUGAUGUAUAGAACAGCUUUGAGAAGUUUUUUCAAAUAAGAUAGGCCCAACAAUAUUUUUAUUAUUCUUUAAUACUUGGUUAUUUUUGUGAACCAUGUGUAAAUAUAGUGUAAUCCCUCUUUAGCAUCCAGUAUUUUUAAACCAUGUCAGGUACUGAACACUUGCUGAAAUUGCUAGCAUGUUCCAGUGAAUAUUAUGAGUAUAGCUGGUUAAAGUGGCCUUUAGAAGUGCUAAUGUAUCCUGUUUUUACUCCUGUAUUUGUAUAAAACAAUGUGGACACUUUCAUCUGUGGGCAAGAUAGGAAUUAAGCCCCUCCUGACUUGAUUGUAACCAGAGUACCAGCGAUGACUUAAGUGAUUUAAAUCUCAUUCUGAAAGUAAGAAAUAAAGCACUUUUAUAAUGAAGAUAAUUAAUUGUCAUUUAAUUCACAUUGCUAUAAGAAGUGUUUUUAACCUGUGUAAAAAAGGAACUUUGACUUAUGCAGAUAUCUAUGUAAAUUUGAAUUCUGUAUGACGGGAUAUCAUACAGAGUUUAAAUCUUAUUUAAUUUACGCUUGUUUGGAGUACUAGACCUGAAAAUAUUAAGUCUGUGUUGUUACUUCUGACUCAAAGCAUAUAUGGAAAGUAUAAGAUUUGGUUGUGAGUCUUCAUGCUCAUUUGUUGAAGGAAUGUCUUUAUAUUCAGCACUAGGAAUCUUCACUGAUGCCAAAACGAGUCUUUAUAGUGCAUAUAAAGUGAACUGUGGAGCAUAUUAUCCAGUGAAUGUCCUUGCAUCCAGGAAAUAUACUUCAUUAAAAAAAAAAAAAAAA